AUGGUAAGGAUUGUCUAGAAACUAGCGACCCGUGAACCAAUCAGCUCUUGUCUUUAGGACAGGUAAGUGUCACGUGACCGGACGGCAACUUCUGUGACUGAAGUGUGUGGCAAGAAGAACGUAAGAAGUCGGUGAGGGUAGGUCUUUACAACGAAGCUGUGGCUAGCACCGAUGCCAUGGCGCUGACUGAAUGGGUGCUAGGUGUAGCAGUUUGGAUAUUUUCUAUAGUCCUGGUAUCCUCUCAAUACAGUCCAAGUUUUCCAAGCCCUUAUCUCAGGAGGGAAAUAUUCAUACUUAAUUUAGAAGAUGGAUAUUUCGGAUGUCAAGUAAACGAAUCCACCGAUGUUCUACAAUUAUUCGAGUUAUCGAAAUUAUGUGAUAAUGUACCUCAUUGUUUUCACGGUUCGGACGAAGUUGCGAGCGAACUAAAAUGUACAGACAAGAAUUUCUGCCAUCCGAAGAUGCCAAGGUGCAUCAAUGGUGUAUGUUUAGAAAAUUUAUGUUACUGCAACGAUGGCUUUGGUGGAAAAGGAUGCGAAAUGCCAGAUGAAAAUGAAUGUAAAUAUAGACCUUGUGAUGUUUUUGGGCAUUGUACAAACACAAUGGGAAGUUUUUAUUGUUCUUGUUUUCCCGGAUACGAAGGUGAUGGAUUUGAAUGCCACGAUAUAAAUGAAUGUGAAAUUCCAUCAUUGGCAUCAUUAUGUGUGCCAAAUUCUGAAUGCUGUAAUUUACCCGGUCAUUAUAAAUGUAAAUGUUCUCCUGGAUAUACAGGAAAUGCUACAGUUGCCUGUUUAGAUAUUGAUGAAUGUUUAGAUGAAAGUUCCUGUGGUAGAGGAGCCCAUUGUGAAAAUAUUCCGGGCAGUUAUCGAUGCUUUUGCCCGACGGGUUAUGAUGGUGAUCCUUUCACGGAAUGUUUAGAUGUGGACGAAUGUCGAAGAAAUCCUUGUGGUCCUGGUGCUUUAUGCGAAAAUACCCGAGGGGGAUAUACCUGUAGUUGUCCGCUUGGAUAUGUUGGUAAUCCACGUCCCGAAAUUGCCUGCAUAGAUAUAAACGAAUGUCUGGAUUCACAUUUUCCGUGUGGAAAGAAUGCUAAGUGUGAAAAUACAAAUGGUGGUUAUUAUUGUGUUUGUCCCGAAGGAUAUACUGGAAAUGCUAAGCAAAUAUGCAAUGAUAUCAAUGAAUGCCCUCAUUCUUGUGGAGCCAAUACGGAAUGUUCUAAUUUACCUGGAAGUUACAAAUGUCUAUGUAAACCCGGUUAUGAUGGCGAUGCUUAUUUAUCUGCUGGUUGUCAUGAUAUGGAUGAAUGCCGUAGACAAGAUGCCUGUGGACUUAAUGCAGAAUGUCAUAAUAUCCCUGGAACUUAUGAAUGUGUAUGCAAAGAAGGAUAUUCUGGAGAUCCCCGUAUAUUGUGUGCAGAUAUUGAUGAAUGUAUAAGAUUCAAUCCUUGUUCUGAAAAUUCUGAAUGUUUUAAUAUACCUGGCUCUUAUGAAUGUAAAUGUCUUGAAGGAUAUGAUGGAAAUGGAAGAGAAGCUUGUACUAGAGUUCAAGUGGAUGUACGUUGUCGUGGAAAUCAUGAAUGUACGCAAAAUGCUGAAUGCUAUCAUUCUAGAUGCCAGUGUAAAAGUGGAUUUCAAGUCAAUGGUAUUGAAUGUGUUGAUGUUGACGAAUGUCGUACAUCACAUAUAUGUGGCAGGAAUGCAAUAUGCCGUAAUUCCUUUGGAAAUUACCUUUGUGAAUGUAAAACUGGAUAUGAGAAAAUAAAAUCUACUCCUCAAAGUCCUUGCAGAGAUAUAAAUGAGUGUUUAUUUGGACAUUUUCCUUGUGGUACCAAUGCAAAAUGUGUUAAUAAUGAUGGAGGUUAUGAAUGUUUGUGUCCAGAUAACCUCAUAGGGGAUGCAAAAGUAGCUUGCAAAUCUCCAUGUGAUGGUGUAGAUUGUGGACCACAUGCAGAAUGUCAAGCAAAUGGACAAGAAGCUGCCUGUAUCUGCAAUUUGGGAUACACAUUUGAUCCAAACAAUAUUAAUGCUGGCUGUCUAGAUAUUAAUGAAUGUGAAGUUAGUCAUGGGCCAUCUGGAUUAUGUGGAGUUGGAGCCAUAUGUACAAAUGUUCCUGGUAGUUAUCAUUGUUAUUGUCCUCCUGGAUUUACUGGUGAACCGUUCAAAUACUGUGAAGAUGUUAAUGAAUGCGAUAUUCAGUUUGGACCAAGUGGUCAGUGUGGAACUGAAGCCAUUUGUACAAAUUCAAUUGGAAGUUUCACCUGUUCGUGUCCACCUGGAUAUACUGGAAAUGGCCGUGUAAAGUGUCAAGAUAUUAAUGAAUGCUCUCAAGGUUAUGGUCCAAAUGGAAAAUGUGGCUUGGGAGCUGUUUGUAUCAAUAAAUUAGGAGCAUUUGAUUGCAAAUGUCCUGAAGGCACUGAUGGAAAUCCUUAUCAAGCUUGUGUUCAGCACAUUGUUUGUAGGGACGAUGAUACUUGUCCAGGAAAAUCUAUUUGUGACAACAGAAGACAAUGUUACUGCCCAUAUACACAUUAUGGUGACGAUUGUAUAGAUCCAUGUGAUAAGAUAUUCUGUGGAGAUCAUGCAAAAUGCCAAUUAGAUCCAAGUGGAGAUCCAGUUUGUGUUUGUUCAGCUGGUUUUACGGGACGCAGUAAUAGCUUACCUGGAUGCAUUGAUAUUAAUGAAUGUGAUUCCGAUGGCCCCUCUCAUUGUGGUGAGAAUGCGUUAUGUCGAAAUUUGCAAGGAUCAUUUGAAUGUACUUGUCCGAGAGGUUUUAGUGGAGAUCCUUAUAAAGGUUGUCUUGCAAUUGUGUUUGUAGAUAUAAAUGAAUGUACAGAAAUUCGUCAUAAACCAUCUUGCGGUCUUCAUGCAUUCUGUACUAAUUUAGAAGGAAGUUAUGUUUGUCACUGUCCUCCUGGUCAUGCAGGAAAUCCGUAUAGUGUGUGUUAUCCAGAUGUUAUUAAAUGUCGAAGAGAUAAUGAAUGCCCAGGUAAUACAAAAUGUUUGCAUGAAAAUGGUGGGCAUUGUGGUUGUACUCCACCUUUUGUUCAAGAAGGAGAGUACUGUAUUUUGGUCAGUAGAAAUUGUUCAACAACACACCCAUGCCCUGAAAAUCAAGAAUGUGUUUUUACCGGACCCUCUUAUGGAUUCUGUAUAUGUCCAAGGGGAUAUACAGUUGAAGCCGACGGAUUCUGUCGAGAUAUAAAUGAAUGUACUGAAAUUAAAGAAUGGACCGUUUGUGGUGCAUAUACAGAAUGCAAUAACUUACCUGGAUCAUAUGAGUGUAUCUGUGCUCCUGGUUAUACAGGAAAUCCAAGGAAAGGAUGCAAACUAAUAGAAAUUCGUUGUCAUGGAAAUGAUUGCCCUCCAAAUCAGAAAUGUAUUCAUGGUCAAUGUCAAUGUUUGAGGCCAUUUGUUUUAGAAGGCCAAACAUGUAAAAAUCCAUGUGACUUGCAACAGUGUGGACAGUAUGCUGAAUGUCAUCUCACAUCAACUGGACCUCAAUGUCAGUGUAUAAAGGGCUGUACUGGAAAUCCAAAUAAAGGAUGCUACGAUUUGCCAAAAUAUACUCUAUGGUGUUCACCUAACAAUAUUAUUUUUUCUGUAUUUUUAGAUAUAAAUGAAUGUACUGAAAUUAAAGAAUGGACCGUUUGUGGUGCAUAUACAGAAUGCAAUAACUUACCUGGAUCAUAUGAGUGUAUCUGUGCUCCUGGUUAUACAGGAAAUCCAAGGAAAGGAUGCAAACUAAUAGAAAUUCGUUGUCAUGGAAAUGAUUGCCCUCCAAAUCAGAAAUGUAUUCAUGGUCAAUGUCAAUGUUUGAGGCCAUUUGUUUUAGAAGGCCAAACAUGUAAAAAUCCAUGUGACUUGCAACAGUGUGGACAGUAUGCUGAAUGUCAUCUCACAUCAACUGGACCUCAAUGUCAGUGUAUAAAGGGCUGUACUGGAAAUCCAAAUAAAGGAUGCUACGAUAUCAAUGAAUGUGUAGCUAAUUUGCCAAUAGAUCCUAAUGGACCAUGUGCAGUUGGAGCUGUAUGUAUAAAUAUUGUUGGUGGUUAUCAAUGUGAAUGUUCUCCAGGAACAAGUGGAGAUCCUUAUGAAACUGGAUGUAGAGGAGCUCCUGGUUGCACAUCAAAUAAUGAAUGCCCACAUAAUGCAAUUUGUGAUAUUAAAGGUGGUACGUGUAUUGAUCCUUGCUCAACAACAUGGUGUAGUCCAAAUACACAGUGCUAUGCAGAAGAUCAUAAAGCUGUAUGCAAGUGUUUACCUGGUUAUGUAGGAAAUCCAAAUGAUUUAGAAAAAGGAUGUACUUCUCCAUGUUCUGGUGUAUGGUGUGCAGUUAAUGCCCACUGUAUUGUUAACUCUGCAAAUGAAGGUACAUGCCAUUGUUUAGAAGGAUUUUCUGGAAAUCCUUGGGCAGGUGGUGGUUGUUACCCUGAUCGUGAAUGUACAGGUGCUAGUUCUUGCAGACCAACACAAGAAUGUAUUGAUGGAGUGUGUGUAGAAAGGUGUGAAGGACUACAAUGUGGCGUGGGAGCACGUUGUGAUGGAAGAAUCGGACAGUGUAUUUGCUUACCUUUCUUCAUCGGAAAUCCUCGCAUUCUUUGCGUACCACCAUUACUUCCACCAAUUUGUGUACCAUCUUGUGGUGUUAAUGCUCAUUGUGUAUAUUCAGUGCCAAAUCGUUGUGUCUGUAAUCCUGGAUAUAGUGGAAAUCCUUACAGACUUUGUGAUCCUUGCUCAACAACAUGGUGUAGUCCAAAUACACAGUGCUAUGCAGAAGAUCAUAAAGCUGUAUGCAAGUGUUUACCUGGUUAUGUAGGAAAUCCAAAUGAUUUAGAAAAAGGAUGUACUUCUCCAUGUUCUGGUGUAUGGUGUGCAGUUAAUGCCCACUGUAUUGUUAACUCUGCAAAUGAAGGUACAUGCCAUUGUUUAGAAGGAUUUUCUGGAAAUCCUUGGGCAGGUGGUGGUUGUUACCCUGAUCGUGAAUGUACAGGUGCUAGUUCUUGCAGACCAACACAAGAAUGUAUUGAUGGAGUGUGUGUAGAAAGGUGUGAAGGACUACAAUGUGGCGUGGGAGCACGUUGUGAUGGAAGAAUCGGACAGUGUAUUUGCUUACCUUUCUUCAUCGGAAAUCCUCGCAUUCUUUGCGUACCACCAUUACUUCCACCAAUUUGUGUACCAUCUUGUGGUGUUAAUGCUCAUUGUGUAUAUUCAGUGCCAAAUCGUUGUGUCUGUAAUCCUGGAUAUAGUGGAAAUCCUUACAGACUUUGUGGAACGGAAAGGAGAUGCGAUAACACUGACUGUGGAAAUAAUGCCAACUGUGUCGAAGGACAACGUCGUGUGGAUUGCGUUUGUCCUGCAGGUCUACAAGGAAACCCAUAUAUUAGUUGUAGAGAUGUAAAUGAAUGUGUUGGUUCUAAUCCAUGUGGUACUGGUGCAUCUUGUAUUAAUAGUGUUGGAAGUUAUUUAUGUGCUUGUCCACCUGGAAGAACUGGAAAUCCUCUUUUUGCUUGUACGGAAAUUCGGUGUUUAGCCGGACAAAGGUGUCCCUGUAGAAAUGAUAAUACAUGUCCUAAUGGAGAGGCAUGUAGAAACGGUCAAUGUGUUGGUCUUUGCGAUAGUGUUGUAUGUGGUCCAAAUGCUUUCUGCGAAGGUGGAAAUUGUCAUUGCCCAAGUGGAAUGUUUGGUGAACCAAGUAAUCCAGGAAUAGGAUGCAGCACUCCUACAGUUCCGACAGUUAGUCCUAACCUAUGUGAAGAAGAUUCUGGAUGUCCAGGAAAUUCGGCUUGCAGAAUAAACAAUGAAGGUUUUAACGAGUGUAUAGAUGUAUGUUCAAAUGUUCAUUGUGGUCCAAAUGCUCAAUGUAUUGGUAGAAGGCAUCAAUAUUUUUGUGAAUGCGUACCUGGAUAUUCCGGAAAUCCUAAUGAUAUACAUGCUGGUNCCCAAGUG